UCCGACUUCGUGGGUUCCCCUACGGCGGUUAAUAGCGGCCAUCGGGCAAAUGCGUUGAUGUCCCUUUACCGCUCUACAUACCGCAUCCGAAUUAGGAUCUCAUGAUACUCUGCAUGAUGCUGUACGGAUUCUUUUUCUAAUCAUCAUUAAACAUGCCUUCUUUUAUUGAUCUUGAGCCGUACAAGGCUGACAUUAUCAGUCUGUUUCAUCAGGACUGUUCUACAGCUCGUAUUAUCUCUAUUGUUGAGGCACGAUACCACGUACAAGUCAGCAAGUAUAUAAUCAAGACCAGGUUGAGUGGUUGGGGUGUUAGUAAGCAUGAUUAUACAGCUACCACUGAUUCUUCUCUACACAGCCGGAUUAAGGAGUUGUUCUUUGAGAGAUGCCUCUCUGAUGCAGAGAUUUUAUAUACUAUACAGGCUGAAGAAUAUACUCUUUUAUUUGCUUAUAUACAUAAUAAAUAUCUUAUUAUUCUAAGAUAUCGGCUAUAUAAUAUCUACUAUAUAAUUGCACCUGAGGCUAUACAAUAA